GUCCUGUUCCUCUAGAUUUCUUCCUUUUUCUUUUGGAAGCAAGUGAUGUUAAGACCAUACAAAGGAAAUGAACAGUGAAGGAUAAUGGAAUUGUAGUGUGUAAGGGAAACACAUUACACAUAUUGUGCGAUUGAAAACAAGGAGUGGUCAAUAUAUUUCUUGAGUUGUAGAUUCUUCAGCAAGUUAAAAUUGUGAUCGGGAGGCAUUGGCCUCUUGGACUGUUAAAUAAAAUUAUUGCGUGUCCUGGUUCCAUGGAAUGGAGAGGUGCCUUCUAUUCUUCACUUUUUCUUCUCACCCUAGUGGAAUCAUCAAGUAGGUCAGAUAAAAUAUUGUUGUCAAACUUGGGUGCCGAAGAAGCUGUAGAAUUCAGCUGGCCAGUCUUCAGUGCAAGCAUAUUUGUCUUUGUUGCUCUUGUCCUCUCUAUGUACCUCAUCUUUGAGCAUUUAGCUUCUUAUAAUCAACCAGAGGAGCAGAAGUUUUUAAUAGGACUCAUUCUGAUGGUUCCUGUUUAUGCAUUGGAAUCGUUUUUAUCACUGUUGAACUCGGAUGCUGCUUUCAAUUGUGAAGUCAUUCGGGACUGUUAUGAAGCUUUUGCAUUGUAUUGCUUUGAGAGAUAUUUGAUAGCUUGUUUAGGUGGGGAGGAACGUACAAUUCAAUUCAUGGAAAGUCAGAAAAUAGUCACUGCUAGCAGCCCUCUGUUAGAAGAUGUGUAUUCAUAUGGAGUUGUGGAACAUCCUUUUCCAUUAAAUUGGUUCCUGAAGGAUUGGUUUCUAGGUCCGAAGUUCUAUCAUGCUGUAAAAAUUGGAAUUGUUCAGUAUAUGAUACUAAAGAUGAUCUGUGCAUUACUGGCAAUGAUUUUGCAAUCCUUUGGAGUUUACAGAGAAGGAAAGUUUGAAUGGAGAUAUGGUUAUCCAUACUUGGCUGUUGUUCUUAAUUUCAGUCAGACAUGGGCCCUAUAUUGUCUUUUACAAUUCUAUGCUGUGACUAAAGACAAGUUGGAACCAAUUAGACCUUUGGCCAAGUUUUUGACAUUCAAGUCAAUUGUAUUCCUUCCUAUCAAAAAAAAAAAGUCAAUUGUAUUCCUGACAUGGUGGAAAGGUGUUGCCAUUGCAUUUCUGUUUUCCAUGGGAGCUUUUAAGGGUUCACGGGCUCAGGAACUGAAAACCCGUAUACAAGACUACAUUAUCUGUAUUGAGAUGGGUGUUGCUGCUGUUGUGCAUCUUUAUGUCAUUCCUGCGGUACCUUACAAGCAUGGAGAAAGAUGUGUCCGUAAUGUAGCUGUUAUGACCGACUAUGCUUCUCUGGGAACUCCACCAGAUCCUGAAGAGGUCCAAGAUUGUGAAAGAACUACUAGGAUGUGCAUGGAUCGACAUUAUGAAAGAGAAAAGCGUUUGAACUUUCCCCAAAGUCUUCGUGAUGUGGUCUUGGGAAGUGGUGAAAUUAUUGUUGAUGACAUGAAGUAUACAGUGUCACACGUCGUUGAACCAGUUGAAAGAGGAAUUGCUAAAAUAAACAAGACCUUCCAUCAGAUAUCAGAAAAUGUGAAAUGCCUCAAAGAGGAGCGGUGGAGGAACUCCAAGGAUGACAGUUAUCUCGCCCCCUUAAAUUCAUGGAAUAGGGAAUUUUCUGAAGCUCACGAUAAUGUUCUAGAAGGCAGCAUUAGCGACAGUGGUUUGGUGGCCACCAGCAAGAGACAUGACCGUAUCCAAGCCCGGAAUAAAACUGCUAGAUAGUAUCUGCAGCUGUUCAUUGCAAUUGGAGUUAUCAAAAGGUACUUUCAACAUAGCUUUCAGCCGUACAAGACUAUAGAUGCUUUGCAUGUACAUGCAAAUUUGAGUCUUCUUAGAUUUUCUUUUUUCCACCUGUCCCUCUUUAACUGCUUGGUCUUGAUGUCGAUAUGUUUCCAGGGUGAAGAAGUUGGUUUUAAGGGGGAUGACCUCUAUACUUCUCUAACUUGAGAAUGUGUAGAGCAAGACCCUGACUUGAACUG